AUGACAAUACUGUCAUUCUUCAGCUCCGACGACAUCUUUUUCAAGCUUCUUGGUGUUGAUGGCCAACGGGAGAGUCAUGAACUAUCUGGUGAUGUAGUAGCGGAAGACUUCUCGAUUCUAGUCGGAAAUGUCCAUCAGUUGGAGGAGUGUUUUGAGCUGCUACAGAAUUACUCCUUUGUGCAGUGGAAGGAGGACCAAAAAAGCUAUGCGAUGCAUAAGCUAGUACAUGCUUGGGGGUACGACCGGCUUUGCAGGGAUAAGCAGUAUACGUUCAGCAGGGAGACAUUUCAGUUAAUCAGGAAUGCUGUUAGUGGAUGCUCAGAUCGGGCUGAAGACAAGCUCCGGUUGGUGCCACACGUGAUGGCGAACUUUGCAACGCUGGCGAAUGUGAACGAGGGGACAGACUCCAGGCUAGCGGGUAUACUUGACGCACUCGUCAGUACCGGGGUAUUUUUGACGGACAUUGGACGAUUCGCGGAGGGAUAUAUCAUUGAGAAAUAUGUGCUGGAGAAGAGGCGGCGGAUUUUAGGCGAGGAGCAUCCUAAUACGAUCUCGGCGAUGAAUAACCUCGCCAUCACGCUUGGGGAUCAAGGCCAUCUCGACGAGGCGGCCACAAUACAGAAAGAGGUGCUGGAGAAGAUGCGGCGGAUUCUGGGCGAGGAGCAUCCUAAUACGAUCUCGGCGAUAGAAGAGACCGCGGGUUCUGGGCGAGGAGCAUCCUGACACGAUCUCAGCGAUGAAUAACCUCGCGAAUACACUGGGGGAUCAAGGUCAUCUCGAGGAGGCGGGGACGAUUAUGAAGGAGGUGCUGGAGAAGAUGCGGCGCAUUCUAGGCGAGGAGCAUCCUGACACGAUCACGGCGAUGAAUAACCUCGCGUCCACGCUCGGGGAGCAAGGUCAUCUCGACGAGGCGAUAUCUUUAUUGGAUAUUGCUGUGCAGCAGAUGCAACGUAUAAAAGGGAUAGACCACCCUCAUACGAGAAUCGCCUCUGAUAAUCUAGCACGGUUGCGUGCUACACCACCUAUACAGAAGCAAAAGGAGAGAGGUGGCCGAAAAGGCAGUUCCCUCUCAAGACGGGUCAGGGAGAUGUUUCGUAAGAAAAGCAGCAAAAGGUAG